UCUUUGGGUCGUGUUCUUCACAUUCUCAAUAAAAUUCAUAUUUUUAAGCAAAAUAAUUUCGUUUAAAAAAAAAGGAAAAAAAAGAUGGUUUUAGUGCCAAGGAUGUGAGAGAAACAGACCCGCUAAAAGCUAAAGCCAUUUGUUGUAUGGGAAUUAACGCCAAUUGUCUGAAGCAGGCAUUGGCAAUCAAAAUUCCCAAAUUCCAAGACACCCAACUUGUCCAUCUUCUUCGUCGCAAAGAAAUGUUACAGGUAAUUUCAGUUGCCAACCCCACACAGGCAUUGGUUCCCGCCAAACCUGUUAAGUCCACGUGGCUACAUCUACGUCGUUCAUCUGCUGCUUUUCCGGCCAGUGGUCCCCUCAUCCCUCCUCGUCUCCGAUCACUCCCCACUUUGAGGAGCUUCAGUGGAAUUGCAUUUGAUUUCCAAGGUGGAAAAGGAAUGAGCGGGUUCCAUGAUGUUGAGCUCAAAGUACGAGAUUAUGAACUUGAUCAGUAUGGUGUUGUAAACAAUGCUGUUUAUGCAAGUUAUUGCCAACACGCUCGUCAUGAACUUCUGGAAAGAAUUGGUGUCAGCGCAGAUGCAGUUGCCCGCACUGGGGAUGCAUUAGCAUUGACGGAAUUGUCCAUCAAAUUCCUUGCCCCUUUAAGAAGUGGAAACAAGUUUGUUGUAAAAGUGAGGAUCUCUGGGUCCUCAGCUGCUCGCCUUUACUUUGAGCAUCUAAUUUUCAAGCUCCCAAAUCAAGAGCCUGUUUUGGAAGCAAAGGCCACUGCAGUUUGGCUUGAUAAAAACUACCGUCCUGUCCGCAUUCCCCCCGAUGUGAGAUCUAGAUUUGUCCAAUUUCUUCGCCAUGAAGAGUCUAUCUAAUUUUUCUGCGAGACAAACUUGGAGGUGAAGAGAAUUCCUUGUUUAAUGUAUCUAUGGGAUAGAAAUCAAUCUUGUUUGUCCACGAGAAAAGCAAACAUGAGAAAAUGGUCCUGUCACAUUUAUUCUUUAGAAAGAAAUUUGUGAUUAUUUGGAUUCA